CGACGAGGACCAGGACGAGCAAGACAGCCAAAGCUGCGACUCGGGCAGCGAGGGUCGCGUCUGUUCACGGCUGGGUGGUUCGAGUGCUCACGUCUUGUCUUUUUUCUUCAUCUAGUUCGAGCCAUGGAGGGCCCGCGGUCGAGCAAUUCCUCUCCCUCCAGAAGUCGACUGAGACCGGCGGUGGUCGAUCCAUUAGAGCAGGCAGGGUUCGUUUCUAAGGGAGAUACAGUGCUGCUCAACGUGAAGGCACAGUUUGCCUACUAUGAGAGAAUCAUGGAGCGGUACUUGAAAUUUUGCAACGACUACUCAAGUGACAUCGAUGCUGCCUUUGCCUCCCUUCCCAAGUAUUCGACCGAAGAUGCAACCAAGAAUCCGCCAGUGGCUGACACUUCCACCGCUAAUAAAGAGUCUCAGCCCAACCAGGCACCACAAAACAAGUCUUCUCGACCUGAGACCCUGUCCGAUUCGGCAUCAAAGGACCUCUCCGUGCUGCUUCUAUCACUCCGCAAACUGCGGGAAGGCGUCGUGGCAACCGCGUCCGAGACCCCGUUGGAGUUUGCACAGCAUGUCCACGUUUUCUGCAUUCGAAUGGGAAUCCUUGCCGCGCACCCUCCAUCCUAUUAUGUUCCAUUGAGGCGUUUGCUUCAUGAGCUGAACGAACCGUCGAGCGCCCUCAGUGAAUCCGAUUUGCACGAAUUUACCUCCUACCUCAUUCUCGACUAUGUUUGUCGGCGCUCUGACCUCAACCUUGCAUUUGAACUCCGCGCAAAGUCUAAAGCCGCCUUUGGAUAUUACAACAUCACUGUCGAUAAUAUCGUUUCUGCCUUGCUGCAUGAUAAUUGGGUCCUCUACUGGAAAUCCGGGAGGCAUGUGGACGGGUAUACGAGGUCACUGAUGAGCUGGUCUGAUUCCUAUAUGCGACGCAGGGCCCUCAAGGCUAUCGCGAAAACUUAUUUGACGGCAGACAUACGCUUUAUUAUCGAAUGUUGCACGGGUUCGCCAGACGGCUGCACGUGGGAGGAAUUGGUCAAGUUGGAAGGCAUCGGAUGGCGAAGAGAAGGAGACAAGGCCGUAAUCCGGAUUAGGAAGCCCAAGGCUGCGUGAAUGAGCACUCAUCCAGUUGGCAUCCGAGUGCCAAGGACCAUAAUCCAUUGCCAGUGGUUGUAACUGUUUUUGCCAAAAAGGACGGCCCUAUUGUGGAAUUGAACGGCCUGGGUUUUGAAGGUAUGACAGUCCCAGCCCUGUAGGCGAUAGGUGGUUAACCAUACUAGGGUAUUGGACUAAUGCAUGCAAACAGGCCAUUUAUAAACGAAAGAUAUGAUAAGAUGAGUCAAAAAACGACAGGAAAAAAUAAUGAAAAAAAAAAAAAAAAA